AUGCGUAAGAUGCAGGCUGGGAUGAAAAUGAAGUUCUUUUCAAGCCGACCUGGUGACCUCGUGUACCAUCAAGAUCGACAACACCAAGACGCGACGGACCUGGCGGACGCUUCGCGUUUACGACAUCAUCGCCAAGGCACCGAGGACCUGAUACAUCUCGAGUGGUCAAGACAACUGCCAAGGCGCGUGGACAUGGUGAACCCCGGCGCUCAAUGA